UGUGGCUAUUUAAGGCUAACUAACUUUAUCUGGUUAAAGCUAACUAACUGUGGCUAUUUAAGGCUAACUAACUUUAUCUGGUUAAAGCUAACUAACUGUGGCUAUUUAAGGCUAACUAACUUUAGCUGGUUAAAGCUAACUAACUGUGGCUAGUUAAGGCUAACUAACGUUAGCAGCCAGAGCCAGUAAAUGUGACGGAACAAAGUCCAGCAGAACCACAAGAACCUCGGAUCCAUUCUGAGUCAGGAGGAAGAACCCUCCAGAGGAUCAAGUUUCAGCCGACGCCCAUCGAGCAAAGAAGCAGCUUCAGAUCCAUGUCCUCCCCACAGAUCAGCUCUCUGUCCUGGGGAACCAUGAAGGUUUCAGGAAGCUCCUCCAUCUACAAGGACUGUAAGGUCUGGCCUGGAGGCAGCCGGGCCUGGGACUGGAGGGAGACCGGAACCAACCAUCGUCCAGGAGUUCAGCCUGCAGACCUGGAGGAGGUUCUGAAGAAAGGAAUCGAGCUGCUGGUGAUCGGCCGAGGAAUGAGUGAAGCUCUGCAGGUUCCUUCCACCACUCUGGACUUUGUGAAGCAGAGCGGCGUCGAGGUCAGAGUGCUGCAGACGGAGAAAGCUGUGGCUGAAUACAACAAACUGGCUGGCCAGGGCGCCAAAGUGGGCGGAGUCUUCCACUCGACUUGCUGAUGGCGUCAGCAGCUGAAGGGGCGGAGUCUGUUUGUGUCUGCAUGUGUAGCUGAAUAGUUGAGAGCUUUUCACUACAAACCAGAAUCUGUAAAAAUGUGAGUCCACUGCAGGACUGUUACCAACAGUUGGCUUCCAUCGUCACAGUGGACAAUAACUUCUAACAACUUGUUUAACUGUAAACUAAAUGUUAUCAUUCAUCCUACAUCCACCCAACCGGUGGAGGCAGAUGGCCGUCCCUCCCUGAGCCUGGUUCUGUCGGAGGUUUUUUUCCCCUGUGGAGGUUUCGGUUCCUUCCCCCCAGCAGACUGCUGAAGCUUAUAGAGAAUCCAGAUGUUUGGAUUGUUGGGUGUUUCUGCCUUUGUUCAGCGCUUUGAGGUGACUUCUUGUAAAUAUGUGCUAUACAAAUAAAACUGAAUUGAAUCUCUGCUC